AUGGCCAAUAGGGAGAAGGAUGUACCCGUUUGGAAUGGACAACUCGGAGGAGCUCAACAAGGGAUUCUGGCGCCCCCCAUUAAUCAGGGACCAUCAGGAACUCCUUUGUCGGGGAGGCUUAGAGCAGAACCAAUCCCGGUUUGGUUUAAGCAACCAAAAGCAAGACAAGUUAAGGGUUUAGAAAAUCAGACGUACCUGUUGUUGUUCACUACUGGAUUACAACCCGGAGGAAUUGCCAACUCGUUAGCCAAAAAGGCUCCGGCUACAAAGGAAGAUUUGCUAGAAAGAAUCAGAAAGCAUAUUGAUUUGGAAGAUUUUAAAUCUUCUCAAAAGCAAAUUGAGCAAGGUUUUCGGGAAGCAAGUCAAAGUCGGAGGCCGGAGAGACCAGCAGGAAGAGGGCAGUUUGAAGAGCGACGACCUCGUCUAGUCGGAGAAAGAUUCAGAGAGCCAUAUCGGAGGGAGUUCACGCCUUUGAACACAUCAAGAGCCCAGAUAUUUAAAGAAGUAAUGUUGGCAGAAAUGAGAAAUGUCCCAAGGUCGCCACCCAUUCAGUCAAAGUUUCCAGACAAAACCAGAUGGUGUGAAUUUCAUCGUGGGUACGGGCAUUAUACAAACGACUGUUUUAAUUUACAGAACGUCAUUGAACGAUUGAUCAAAGAAGGAAAGUUACAGAAGUACGUGAGAAGAGAUGUAGAUGGUAGCAAUGAGGACAAAUCUCGACGACCAUACCGUAGUCGGAGCCCACCAGGAGGAAGAGGACAAGAGGCAGGCAAGAUUCCACAACAAAAGCAAACAUCUCCCAAUCAAGUCCAGUUGGGUCACGUGUGUACUAUAGCCGGGGGGCGAGCAGGAGGAGGAGAGUCGAGUAAUGCUCGAAAAAAGCAUUUAAAGAUGUGCAUGGCCAUUUCAUAUAAGCCACGUUUUAAGGAAGAAAGAAGAAAGACUGGCAAACAAGUAGUUUUUGAUGACCUGGAUGAUGAGAUAAUUGAUCCAGAGCACGACGAUCCUUUAGUCAUUUCUGGGCUGCUAGCAAAUUAUCGCGUUGAUAGAAUGUUGGUAGACCCGGGGAGCUAG